UUGCAACUGCAACGGCAAAACCGGGCGUAUAAAAGCCAUACGCCUCGAUCGAAUGCAACGGCAUAAACGCAACAGAGUUUCGGACGAGAGAUUGUUAAAAGACGCCAAGUGAAAUGUACAAAGGACUUCUAUUGUUGGCUACGCUCUGCGUGACGAGCAGCUUCGCAGCUCCUGCUCCAGAGCCAGCUCCAGCUCCGGCUCCAGCGCCAGCUCCUGCGCCCAGCAUUGGAUUGGGACACGAUUAUCUGGGCUAUGGCGGCCUAGGCUUGGGCUUGGGCCUAGGACUCGGCCAUGGACACUACGGUGGCUAUGGACUCGGUCUAGGAUUGGGUUUGGGCUAUCAUGCGCCUAUUAUCAAGUCCAUUGGAGCGCCCAUCAUCUCGAAGACCAUCAUUGGCAAGAGUUAUCUGGGUGGCUAUGGACUGGGACACGGCUACCUUGGUGGAUAUGGACACGGUCUCUAUGGCCACGGAUUGGGCUUGGGCCUGGGACUGGGCUAUGGACAUGGCUAUGGCUAUGGCUGGUAGAGUGCAGCGAAUGUGGGGCGCUUUGAGAACGUGUGAGAGUUUUAAACAAGCCAUUGCUUAAAUGUUUACACAUCCAAAUAUUAACUAGAACUAAUCAUGCAAUCAGUCAGUCAAUCAGUUAGAGAUUCAUGCGAUCAAUCAUCUAUCUAUAUGUACGUAGCUCAAUCGAGUAAUAAAAUAACUUGAAAACUUU